GUCCCACAUAACUUGAAGGCGCUGGUGUUAGUGGGUCAAUCAGAUAUAUUAUCCAGUUGUUGUUAUGUACCUUUUUCUAAAAGUUUUUGACACUUAUUUCGGCAAUUAUGUGUCUGGCGGUCGGAACUAUCGAAACAUAUGUGUUAUAUGACACAAGUUACUAGGUUGAUUCUGCUAUAUUCCCAUCAGAAAUGAAUGUUUUACUGUGUUUCAGUCCUAUUGAAGAGCACGUGUUCUAUCAAGUGGCAUUUUUUGACUAGAUUCCCUGGAUAAGGUGUCUCGUACGAGACAUUCAUUACUGAUCCUGAUUCUUAAGUCUUGAUAUAUUACUAGCUGUAAGCUCUCAUUUAUUCUAGCCUUUCCUUGCACCUAAAGUGUUCGUCUAAUCUUCUAGACGAACAGAGAAGUAUUUUCGCUAUCUACUGUCCACAAUCGAGCGCAUUGAUCAUUCUGACUAUUAUGAUUUUACUUGUUCUUCGGGUAAAAUUUCUAGAAAGACUCAAUAUCGGUAUUAUUCAAUUUUGUUGUGUCGCGAAUUGCGGUAUAUCUCUGUUGUUACUAUUUUUCAGUCAUACCAUGUUUUUGGUUGUUGAUGGCAAUGGUAAUACUUAUAGCAUAUGUCGGACAUUCCGUUGCUUAAAAUGUCUUGUAUUUCAGUGGUUAGGAAGCAAGCAAUGAUAUACACACAGAUUCUCACCGGCGAGUGGGUCGUGUCUUCCUGAAGUUGUAAUAAACUUUCUCGAGUAUUAUAUGUUGGGUAUAAGAGGUUCUCUGACAGAUGAAAGUUUCGACACUUGUCCUUGAGGCAGAACUGUUAUUUAAUAGUGCUUCUGCACUCAUUCAAAAAACAUACACGGAAUAAACCUAAACUUACAGUUCGUCGUCAGACGUAGAAUUAAGUUUUAAAUAAUUUAGUGUGCUGGGACCUAAAAAAGAAAUCAGUCCACGUAUUCAACGGUUGCUUGACUGAGCCAUUUCAAGAGGUUCAGACUUCAUAUUUGAAGUUCACAAAGUAAUUGGAGUUCAUGACUGAAACCGUAGAUGACAUUUGUCAAAAUCAAUCUUAGUCAUAAGAAUGUGAAGGAUGACACAGGUAUUCAGUGUUUGACAACGCUUCUACCAGUAACACCUAAUAUAAUUCGUAACCACCCAGAGAAAUCAAAAUACAGAGUCGAGGAGAUUGGAAGAGUGUAUUUGGCGAUUACCAAUAUAUCGGAAUUAUCUGAUCUAAUUUGGCUAGCGAUUGCGGUAGAUGGGGAGUACAGCGUUACCACACGUGAUCUGGUGCGAAUGCAUGACCGAGCGCCUUCAGCUAGAUGAGUCCACUAAAACAUAUGGUCAGCAUCCAAUGUCGAAAACUUACAGAGCUAUUUAUUUUGGGGAUUUAUUUACCGCUACAAAUGUAUACAUGCUCUUUUUUCCUGUGGUUUCAGAGGGCACUGCUUCGUUGAUCCACUGACACGAUUAUCCUUUAGAACAGCAUGCGCAGAAGGGUUUUGCAUAAUUUAUUCUGGAGAAAAAAUAAACUGUUGCCGUUGGGAUUAGUGUGUUUUGGACUCCUAUUGAUUAUGUGGAUAAAAAUAGAUAAACUUGACCAUGAAAAUAACCAAAUCUUAGCACGUCAACCAAGUCAUAAGGAACUAAAAUAUCAAGAUGAGUCCCAAAAGAACAAUUCACUUAUUGGGAAUAAUCUAAAAAUACCUCAUUUUCCGAACGCUCGUCCAUAUCCUCCAAUUGACAAAGAUUUAAGUCAUGAGAAUGCGAAACGCCGAUCUGUCGAUGAUGAACACGGUGAAAAUCAUUUGCCUGAUAUUGUGCCGCCUGUUAAUGAGGACAAUAAUGUUCUUGUGCAACCUGACUAUAAGGAAAAGUCUAGAAUUAUGGGCGGUAAUGAACCUGUUGAAAGCAGCCAUUCAGAUAAACUAUCAGUCAUAGCCAAAUUAGGCUUAUCUCCUAGUUCUCCUCCUCCAAAAAGCGACGAAUACUCAACAGGUCCAGGUGAAGGUGGUAAAGCAUAUACAGUAAAUCGUGAAGACUUAUCACCAGCUGAACAGUUAAUAUUCGACAAGGGUUGGGAAGAUAAUGCCUAUAAUCAAUAUGCUAGCGAUCGAAUUAGUGUGAGACGAUAUUUACCAGACUAUAGAGAAGGAGCGUGUAAAGUCGAUAAAUAUAGAAGUAAUCUGCCCUCAGCAUCAAUUAUAAUUUGUUUUCAUAAUGAAGCUUGGUCAGUAUUAUUACGUUCAGUACAUUCAGUGAUAGAUCGAUCUCCACCAAGUUUGUUAAAUGAAAUUAUACUUGUUGACGAUUUCUCUGAUCGUCCCUAUCUCAGAGAAGCACUAGAAGAAUAUAUGGGAAUGUUAAAUAUUGUCAAAAUUGUUCGUACUAAAAAACGUGAAGGAUUGAUCAGAGCAAGAAUGAUUGGUGCAGAACACAGUACUGGGAAAGUGCUCGUAUUUCUAGAUUCGCAUAUUGAAUGUACCACAGGUUGGCUUGAACCACUUUUAGAUCGUAUUGCUUACAAUUCGUCAAUUGUUGUUGUUCCUGUAAUAUCGACUAUAAGUGAUAAAACGUUGAAGUUUAAUUUUCUUAAGGCGACUCAUGUUCAAGUUGGUGGAUUUGAUUGGAGUUUAACAUUCCGAUGGCACGAACAAACUGAACGUGACAAAAGUCGACCUGGUGCACCAUAUUCACCUGUUAGAUCACCUACCAUGGCAGGUGGUUUAUUUGCUAUAAGUCGUGAGUAUUUUAAUCAUCUUGGGAAGUAUGAUUCUGGUAUGGAAAUAUGGGGAGGUGAAAAUUUGGAACUGUCAUUCAAAGUUUGGAUGUGUGGUGGUAGUUUAGAAACUGUCGUAUGCAGUGUUGUUGGACAUAUUUUUCGUAGUCGUUCACCAUACAAAUGGAAUAUUAAUGUAAAAGAUCCUUUGAAAAGAAAUCUUCUCCGUUUGGCUGACGUAUGGCUUGAUGAUUAUAAACGAUUUUAUCAUGCUCGUAUUGGAUUUAACACUAUUGAUUUUGGAGAUGUUUCAGAACGCAAAGCCUUACGAGAAAAACUGAAAUGUCACUCAUUUGAUUGGUAUUUAACCAAUGUUUAUCCUGAAUUAUUUGUUCCUUCGAAAGCUUUGGCUUCUGGUGAUAUUGAAAGUGCUGCUGGUCCACACUGUUUGGAUUCACCAACUCCUCGUACUGGAGAUAAAAAACAAACUAUUAUCAAAAUAUGGCCAUGUCAUAAACAAGGUGGCAAUCAAUUUUGGUUAUUAUCACCUAACAAUGAAAUUCGACGUGAUGAUUUUUGUUUUGAUUCUGGUACGAAAAACAAUACCGUUGGUUUAUAUCGUUGUCAUGGUGCACAGGGUAAUCAAAAGUUUACUUAUGACGAAGACAAUACUAUUCGUCAUGAAGGACAAUGUUUAGAGAUCAAUAUUGAAAAAUCCAGUGUUCAACUUACCUCAUGUACUGGAUCAUUAAAGCAACAAUGGAAAUUUAAUCGCAAACCGUAUAUCCCAACCGCUAUAGAUUUUAAUCGAUUUUAAUAUUGACUGAACACAUUGGAAUAAUUACCAAUCUAUUAUUUCAUGUUCAUCUACUUCAUGUGUAUAUAUAUAUCUAUUAACAUGUAUUUGUACUAACAUGAGAAAGCAACAAUGUCUUUCCUUAGAUGUACAAUCUGUUUAAAGAAAUGUUUUGUGAAUAGAAUGGAAAGUACACAAAUAUUGUAUUAUGCUACCAAUUUUUUAGUUGUUCUUUUGUUUUUUGGUGUGUUUUCAACAUCCAAUGUGUAAAUUGGUUAAGCCUAGUGAUAACAUAUCAUCAUUCUCAUUUUUACCAUUUUGUUUAUCUGUGAUAACAGUUACGUAAUAUUUAUAUAAAUUUGUGAAAAAUUGCAAUCAAUAAAAUAAACAAACAAACAGACAAGAUAGAUAACCAGUAUGAGUUCAAUUUUUUUUUAUAUAUAUAUUCACUAAUGUGCCUUUCUCACGGUGUUUGGUUAUUUCUCAUUAAUAAAAUUAAUAAUAUGUAAUGGAAUGUAUGAAUAAACGAUGCUCAAUAUUUUGUUUACUUAUUAUCUACCCCUCAACUUUAUGGUUGUUAUUCUAUAGAAUGAUGGUUUGUUUUCAAAGUGUAUUUUAGUUUAUUUUUCAUUACGAAACUCUUUUGUUUUGCUUCACAACAUGUUUCCCAUCCUUUGAAUUAUGAGGCUGUUGCACAAUCAUCUUUCUCGUUCAUUUCAGAUAUAUAUAUAUGUGGAGAAAUGGUUGUAUUACCCUUGUUGUUGUUUUAUGUAUCAAAUUAAUUUAUUUCAUUUUAUUCUUUAUCCAUUAAAACAAACUGUAUGUAAGUGCCUAUUGAGAAUUGAGACGUGAAUUUCUCUUGAUGAUAAUUAUUAUUAUUUUGAGCUAUUUUAUAAACUUCUGUAGAGUAACAAAUAUCGUUAUGAAACAAUGUGACCAUGAUCUUAAGUUUUUUUUUACAUAUUUCGUUUUCUCUCGAAUUAAAUAUUUUAUAACUGACUUUUCUCAAAACUUUUUCAAUUGAAUGAAGUGCAUUCGAUGGUUUAACGUAGUUACAUGAUUGUCAGAUUGGUUUUUGCUUUAUACUAAUGAUUCAGUCUUCUCACACUGUUCACAGUUAUACUUCAAAUUGAUGUCUGCUGAUGCCCUGGUACGGCCGAGGGUGAGGAGAGUUAGCUUUCCCUGUCGAAAUGCUCUGAUAUGGCCGUGCGAAAACAGACACUGCCAGGGAAGACCUGCUCACUGCCUUCUCGCGGCGAGCGUGUUGCUUACGAAAUUGAGAGGAUGAAAAGUGGAUGUCCAGCACUUUAACCGGGUUGGUGUAUAUGUAGAAUCCAUCUAGGUGAGUUGGAAAAUCCUGGUUCCAAACCAAUGGUGCACAUGGGUUCUAGGAUCCUGAAGGAACAAAUGGCGUAUGAACCACUUAUUGGUCACCGCCCACCAUGAGACUGCAUUUUCUUACGUUGCUCCACUGCCUUGUGGAUCAGACCUUUGGUUUCUAGUGCUGAUCGAAUCCUACCGAUCAGGUUUCAAUGUGGCCAUUAGUCUAGGUAACUCAACGUCAUAUGCUCUAUGUUCGAUGCUAACUGGUUGAAGGUGGUCUUCAAAAAACAUUAAGUCUUAACAGCUCAGUUAUCACACUCAUAAAAUGACGAGAAAUUAACGUGGUGACAACAAAAUGGAAAAGAGAAUCUGUUGAAUAUACGCUGUGUAUGUGUACCACUUGCACAGUAGCUUCCAUUGUACUUAUCUGCACAAAGCUAAUGUCAAACGACUGACUAAAUUUCAAUGAACUAAAUGACGAACGUAUGCUGAAGAUAUAUCCACAAACGUAUAAUUGCCUGGUAAACACUAUCAUUGUUUCGUAAAGAAAAGUUGGUUUACAAUUCACGCUUGCCGAAUAAUGACCAUUAUUUGGCAACAAUAACAAGAUUUUCCUACAAACACAUGCUAGCUGUAAGUAAUUUGCUUCAAUAGUUGUAAAUGAGAAGCCUUUAAUAAAUUGAUAUUUGUCAAUGUUUUGUCCAAAAUAUUCGCUAUUUUAUUUGUUAAUAUUAGCUUUAUUAAAUAUUAUAGUUUUGAUAAAAUAUAGAAUUCUCA